UUGGCUGAACGAAGCGAAAACGAAACGACUUUCUCCCUGCUGUAAUUCCCACCCACCCUCCGAACGACUCGUGGUUUGGUGCUGAUCCCGGAGAGGCGCGAAUAUGCCCAAACCCAUCCGUCAAUGCCUGGAGGAGACGCUGAAGGAUCUGACGGAGGAUGAGCUUCGAAAGUUCAAAGCGAACCUCCACGAAUUCCCGGUUAAAGACGGCUACGACAAUAUCCCCCGAGGACGGUUGCAGAAGGCGGACGCUCUGGAUCUGAGCGAUCUCCUGUUCGCCUAUUACAUCGAUUACGCCGUGGAGGUGACAGCCGCGGUGCUGAGGAGGUGCCAAUGCAAGCCUCAAGCCGAAAAACUGGUGGCUCUCUCUGGAAUUGGGAAUCAGCCAUCUAGUUCUCCUCAACAGCAUUUCAUUGACCAGUUCAGGGAGCAGCUGAUCCAGCGAACUGCAACAGUGGAACAGGUGUUGGAUAAAUUGCACGGUUCCAUCCUAAAUGAAGAACAAUACCAAAAAAUCUGCUCACAGGAAACUAAUCAGGCGAAAAUGCGAGAGCUUUAUAAGUUAGUUCCUGGCUGGAACCACCUGUGCAAAGAUCAACUGUACAAUGCACUGAAGGCCAUAAAUCCAUAUCUCAUCAAUGACCUAGAAGCAACAAGGAAGAUGGGAAAUUAAAUGAUUUUGUGCUGCCCCACUCAUUCACACAAAUACACGUAAGUGUAGUUUAGAGAGUUUAUUAAUGUUCCCCAGCAAUUCCCUUCACCCAGCCUCGGAACUAUCCCAAAUAAAUCCAGCCACAAGCAAGCCAAGGUUAGUCCACAAGGCAAUCGUCAAUAGUCCAUAAAACAAUGGGAAGCAGCUCCAACAAAUAAGUCCACCAAACAAACUUAAAUCUACCAGGCCAAACUGAAAUACACCCACAAGAGCUCACUUGGCAAGAGAAGUUCAGAGUCUCCAAAAUCCUAAAACCAAACAUGUUGUUCCUAGCAAUGCCUCCCUCUGCCUGCUGUGAUAAAUAUCUUUCCAGUGCAGCCCAUCAAGAUGGGCGGGGUAUUCUCUCAAAUAAUGUGGCAGAUCUCUGUUGCUCUUAUCUUUUCUCUGCACUGCAUGCUCUCAGAUCCACCACAAAAGGCAGCUCCUCCUCCUCCUUUUCAUUCACCAUCUACCCCUGCAAGCUGUCCCCAGCCAAAACCCUCUCUUUUGGCCAGUGUUCAGUCAUUAACCUAGUUCCUGAUGUGCCAAGAAUGAGCUCACCUUCUCUUCAACUGACCUCCAAGAAAGAAUCUGAGGAGUCAUCCAAGAGAAAUAUCACACAUUUCAGGACUCAUAAAAAAUAGCUCUAUGAAACUCCAACAGACCAUACUUUAACAUGUCUCUCCCCAUGCAUCCAUUUUGAUCCAUACUGGGAUAAGAAACUGAGAUCCUCAGAUACAUUCAAAACCUAACCAGCUUGCUGCGUGGAAGAAAUAGUAGGAGAUCAUCUACUACUGUAAGAGAUAGAAUGAUACAGAAAGACUGGCAACCGAAUAUUAGAUCCUACCUUGGGGUAUCCUCUUCUGGGGAGAAAAUUAUUGUUUAAACUUACCUCAUUCUAUUCCAUGGGCAACUGAUCAAUCAUAGAUCAAACUGAUAAAUCCAUAUAUUUUGACCAGCUUUUCAUUUCUUUGGACUCCCUUGUUUUAUGAAUAUGAAAGUUCAUAUAUCCUUCUUGAGAUGUUUUACAUUUUUAAGCAACUUUUACUUCAAAAUCACAAGCACAGACUAUUUGGGGAUCUAUAUAUGGAUUCUAAUGUCUAGAAACAAAAAAAUAUUCUGCUUUCCUUUAGUGUUUUACUAUGUUUCUCCUAGAAUAAAGCAAAGUAUGAUUCAUCAAUCCAGCCUGAAUAAAACAGCUGCACUUACAUCUUCCUUGGAUAUGUUCAGUACUGAAAUUGAUCUCCUGAGGACCUCACCAUCUUUACAAAUGCACGGUAAAGCUUCUUGGGUUGUGCUAAAAGAAAAUUGCUGAUUCCAUACAGAUAUUAUAGGCUGAUUUUAGCACUGACACAGCAUUGAUUGUUCUUGUCGAUCACUUGUAGCAGAUCGAGAAUGGAGAUGAUACCACUAACCUGGCUCUCCUUGACACUUCAGCAGCUCUCCAUGACAUUGAUCAUUUAUGGUCAUUCUGGCUCAGUUUCAAGGCGUGGGGUUGUUAGGAUGGUAUUAUAAUGUAAUGGGUUCCAACCAGGUAAAGCUUAAAGUCCUUGAUUUGCAAAGUGCUUUGGGACUGAGGCUCUCAUCCCUCUUAUUUAACAUCUGCAUGAAGCUGUUGGGAAGAUCUUUCAUUGGUUCAGAGGUCCGAAGCUAGGUCACGGAGCUACUGAUGGGCUAUCUGCUAAAACAGAGCAAGGCUAUGGCAUACACCUGAAAGAAAAUCGGGAAGCCAGUAAUUGUGGAGCCUGACUGGCAAGAACAAAGAAUGCUUAUUCGCAGAGAAUAUGCAUGUGUCAAACUUGUAUUUAACUCUGGGUGAUUAAAAGGAUUGAUAAAAGUACCAAAAGUUAGAUAUCCUGCAUACCACAGCUAGAAGUUAGGAAUAGGGAUGGCCUGGAGCAAACAGAAUGUGUAUUAGAUAACUCCUGGAGCAUUCAUUAGCCAAGGCUUAGGAAUAGAGACAGCUAGAAACCAAUAGAACAAUUGUUAGAUCAUUACUAAAAUGUUUAUUAUAUGAUAGUUCUUAUAUAUCCUGCCUUAUCCCGCCUUCUGCUUUAGUAAAAUUGUAUAAAGAUUUCCUAAUUCUAUUGUUCGGGGUUCCUAGGCAUUUUCUGACCAGGACCAAAAACCAUGUCUUGGAGCCCUUCAAUAAAAGGAAACAAAACCUGCA